CCCCCUGUCCCCGAGCCCCCCAUGUCCAGUCUCAGGAAACUCAAGGCAUAUGUGGUGGGCGGUGUCGGCGACCAAUCCUCCGAGCUCAAGGCUGCCGCCGUCCCAGUGUCCGAGGCGGACUGUAGAGGUUGUGCCGACCCGUGCGACGAAGGGCAUGACGAAUAUCCAUCAAGAUUCGAUGUAGACAUGGAGACUCAAAUGCUGGGCUCAAUAAAGCCGUACUCCCGUCAGCUGGUGUUGUCGACUGGCAAGUCGGACUGGGAGAAGGACAUAGCGGACGCAAGAGGCAGCCUCGCGGCGUAUGUCGAGACAGUCCGAGGCGAGGUCCCAAAGACCAAAUCCAAGAAGGCUCCCCGAAACGGCCCCGGCUCCGCACCGCCGGGCAUAUACGACUCCUCAGAGGCAUCCAAAGUCACGAUCCUGAACGGCAGCCAUGUCACCGUCUGCGAUGACACGGCGCGCGAGACAGUACUCGUGUUUCCGGACUACAAGGUGGUGACCGAAGUGGAUAGAUCGGAAGAGGGCGCAAGGAAGCUGCUGCAGUCACUCGGACACAGCGAUUCUGGGGACUCGCUGAAGACGUGGGUGCUCCCGUACUCGUGCGUUAUCCUGCUCUGUUCGCAUAAGCGGAGGGACAAACGUUGCGCUAUCGCCGCCCCAAAGCUUGAGAAAGCCCUCACGGGAGCUCUCGAGCGCGAAGGCUGGGAAGUGCACACACAAGUAGAGGAUCCUUCCCUCCUGGGACCCCCGCUAGAAGAAGUCUCAGGCACAGAGCAAGAUAAGGAAGCAGAGGUUCUCCGCCGCCUCAAGAGUGUCGACCCCAAGAAUGCUGAAACCAAGCGCGCGCUCAUCGUCCGCAACUCGCACAUGGGUGGACAUAAGUUUGCUGGGAAUGUUAUUAUCAACACGCCUCAAGGAGCGACAAUUUGGUACGGCCGAGUCACGCCUCAUGAGGUCGAUGCCAUCGUUAAGGAGACCGUCAUCGAGGGAAAGGUUCUUUCUCCCCUUCUGCGCGGAGGCCUCAACCUCGCCCGACCUGGACGGGCGAGUCUUCACGACUGGUAGUAUUUACCGUAGAGACCACUUUUAUGCAGGCUGAGAUUGGAUUGC